AUGGCGAACCCUCGGAAGUUCAGCGAAAAAAUAGCGUUACACACGCAAAAGCAGGCCGAGGAAACAGCCGCCUUCGAGGCGAUUUUACAAGAAGUCAAUUCAGCUACAAGGGACCCUAUGAGGUUUCAAAAACAGCAGCACAUUGCUCCUAGUCUUGGCACGUACAGAGCUGGAUCACUUCCCAAUGUUAACCAGAUGUCAGCUAAACAAGGAAUUGAUCUACAGGUAGGCUGCUUUGAGGCAACACUGCAGCAAAUAGAUGACCUAAAACAAAGCAAGUCACCCAUGUUGCAUUCGAGACACGACCGUCAGAGGCAGCAGAUUGGACCACACAGGAGAAAUUUCCCAGCAGACAAGAGGAUUGAUUCGUCACCAUAUGGAUCUUCGUAUCACCUGUCACCUCCACCGGAUACAAGCUGGCGUAGUUUUGGGCUACCCAAGACGCAUCGCUAUCUGUUUAAUGGCUUAUCGUUGUCUCGGGUUCACUCAGAUCCAUCUUUACAUAUGAAUGCUAUGGGAAAUGCCAAUAGCAACAAUUACACACACCCGCCUGUGACACCACCAUCUCAUCGACGCAUUAUUGAGAUGGUUGGUGAAAAUGUGGGUGAUGGUCUGCAAAUGAACUACUGGGAUUCCAAGAAAAUGAAUAGUUCCUCUCGACCAAAAUCCUGCGAAGUUCCAAAUAUAAACAUCUACCCAAGCCACGAACAUGACAGCAACAACUCUUCAGCACCAGUCAUGUCGGUGACAGCGAACAACACUGGGUCAUUGCCCGACCUCUCGGUGCUCCAAUUUCCAUCACCCCUGGCCACGCCUCUUGACCAGGAAGACCCAUACAACAGUGUCAAUGCAGGCACGCCUGUUAGUCUUAGUCCAACUAGUCCACAUCAUAUGCCUCUCGGCCAUCAGAGUCAGCAGAGUCCUGGCCAACGCCGGCGGCAUGGCUCAAAUAUGACAUUGCCUAGCCCUUUAGUUCUCAAUCAGGCUGGAAUGGCAGAUAUGGAUCCGUGCAUGCAACAGCAGUACAUGUUUUUACAGCAGCAGCAGCAGCAACAGCAGUUACAGCAAAUGAGGCACCGGGGCACAAACUCCCCCCUGAGCCAGCCAUACCCUACUCCAAUAUCCCCACUGUACUCCCCCACUCAUCAGCGCUCACUCAACCACCAUCGCCAGGCAACAAAACCCCACAUCCCCAACGUCCACCAGCAUAUAUCAUCAUCAUUACCCACAAUGUCACCCGCUCACAGCUCCCUCUCAUCCAGUCAGCCACACUUACACCAGUCACCAUUAACACAACCCACACAGCCACAGCAACAACAGCAGCAGCAUCAUCAGUCUCCACUGUCGCCACCGGUGCCUCAAGUCCACAUCAGCAGCUGUGAUGACAUCAGUUCUCAGGUGUCCAUGACACAGUACCGAAAUAGUGUUUCUGACACAAACUGCCAGUCGCCAACAUCACCCCAUUCAGCCACAUCCUGUAGCCCUGUACAGUCACCAGGAGCAGCUCCCAAUGGCCAGGCUGUCAACUCUACCAUGAGUGAUACAUACUACAUUCAACAACAGCAGCAACAUCAGACCAAUGCACUGCAGCAUCAGUUUGAACAGUUUAAUAUGAAUCCCAUUCAUGCUAACUCAGCCCCUGUCAGUUCAGCUGUCUUCAUGACUGCUAAUGGUUUGGGUUUAGUUAGUUCUAAUGGUGGCAGUAGUAUUAUGAGUAACAUGUCAUUGAAUCAGCAGCAAGGACAAGCAUUGCAUUACUCCCAGGCGGCCAUGUUGGCUAUGUCUAGCUCAGACGAGCUGUUUCAGCCUCACUUUUUGGGUGCUAUAGAUGUGAUGUCCCUUGGUCAGUUUAAUAGCCAGCCUACAAUGUCUUCACCAACCCAUGCCCGACACAUGAACCAACAAAACUCACUCAGUUCUGGCAGCAAAAUUCCAGACAUUAUCCUUACAGGGGCUGAUGAUAUGUACCGGCUACCAUUUGACUUUGCCAAAGACUUAGGCAAUGCUAUCACAGGCAUGUCUGACAGCUUCGAUGCAGACUUUCUGACCAAUGAUGAAGCAUUCAAAGCUGGCCUUGAUCCCUUAGACUUUGAUGAGAUUCAGAUGCUGACGGAUGCCAGUCUAGUAGCUGAUCCUGCCAUAGAGGAUUCAUUUAAGCUGGACAGAUUGUAA